AUGGGAGGGGAGGGGAGGGGCCCCUCCCCGGGGGCGGUUGGGCAGGUGAUGGGGGGAGAAGAGCUACCGCUACCUCCACAACCAGAGGGAGACUACCUGCAGCUCUCGCCUCUACCACCAGAGGGACACUCCCUGUUGCUCCUUCCACCACCACCAGGGGAGCUGAAGUUCCUGGCAUCUCGUUGCAAGGAUCAACUCCUGCCCGAGCCUGCCACACCUUCCCCACCUAGGGCUGCCGAGCCUGCAUCACCUGGGGAGGUCGUCUCACCAUCGCCCGGAGAGGUCAGUUCGCCAUCGCUUGCAACAGCAUUUGAGCUGCAAGAAAUUCUGGGGCUGGAGCCCAAGAGAAGGGAGCUACCAGCUACAGAGAAGGGGGAGAGUUUCAUCGGUACCUUCUUUCUCUCCCUUCAGGUUGAGAAUCUGACUGAAGAGCAGAAGAACGAGUUUAAGGCUGCCUUCGAUAUCUUUAUCCAGGACGCGGAGGAUGGGUGCAUCAGUACGAAGGAGCUGGGGAAGGUGAUGAGGAUGCUGGGGCAGAAUCCCACACCAGAGGAGCUGACAGAGAUGAUAGAUGAGGUGGAUGAGGAUGGCAGCGGCACGGUGGAUUUCGAUGAGUUCCUCGUCAUGAUGGUGAGAUGUAUGAAGGAGGAGAGUAAGGGCAAAUCAGAGGAGGAGCUAGCUGAACUCUUCAGAAUGUUCGACAAGAACUGUGAUGGCUACAUCGACCUGGAGGAGCUGAAGAUGAUGCUGGAGGAGACGGGAGAGACCAUCACUGAGGACGACAUCGAGGAGCUGAUGAGAGACGGGGACAAGAACAACGAUGGCAAGAUCGACUACGACGAAUUCCUGGAGUUCAUGAAGGGAGUGGAAUAAAAAUAAUAAAUCAGAGCCUGCAAGCCCCCCUGAAUCGAUCACCACCACAUAAGUAGUAGCGGCAUUUAUAGUGUAAUCUCUACCCCUGUAUCUAUAGUGUAAUAUCUAAUCCUGUAUUUAUUGUGUCAUGCUGGAUUUUCAAUAAAAGAAAAUGGAAAAGCAGAA